AUGUUUUUUGCGACGUUUGAUAUAUUCCUUGAGAUCGUAACAAUCAACAUUGAAUGCUACCUCGCUCAGAUUGUUACGACGACUAUCUUGGAAGUAAGAAAUGCGUUUAUUCAAUUACAUCGUCAUCUUUCACAUCCUAUAAUUUGUUCGGUAUGGUGUAUUAAAAGACAUCGGCAGACAUUGUCACAAUAUAAACAAAGUUUACAAUCAGUGAGAUUAACAAUAAUCUCUAAAAGCAGCGCCCCCCAAAGGCAUAUGCAGUUGGUUUUGACCUGA